UUCUACAGGGAAAUCCAGCCCCACCCCCCCUCUGUUUCCUCUCUCUCCCCCCCAACACCCCAACAGUAACCAAAAUUAUUAAACUAACCUAAAAAUAUCACAGCAUCUCUACUCUUUUCUCUCUGUACAACCACUAUUAGAGUCUCUCUUGGACAAUUUUUGAUUGUCCUCGCUCGUCGAUACCCGCCUCUUUAUCCUGCAUUUUAUUGGGUAUCAUCGGAUACCCAUCUCGGAUUUCCUGCGUUAUUGUGGCUAUCCUUCUGGCUCCCUGGGUUCUUUUGAUUUAAAUGAGGAUUGAAACGAACCUGAGAGAUCGUAAAGAGCAGGAAUUUCGGGAAUUACCUGAGGAGCGGAACAACAACAGCAGCAAACCCAAGAAGAACCGGAGGCGCAAGAAAUCGAUGCCGAACGUCGUUCAGGAGCUCUUCUGGACGUGCACGGAAGUGUUUGCCAGGGGUGGUGCUGGGACUGUUCCGUCUCGUAGGGAUGUCGAACGACUGCGGUCGGUUCUCGAUCACAUGCAACCGGCGGAUGUUGGUCUGAGUCCAGAUAUGCCAUACUUUAGGGCAAAUGAGCCUGAAGGCAUCCCUCCAAUCACAUACCUACACCUCUAUGAAUGCAGUAGAUUUUCGAUUGGGAUAUUCUGCUUGCCUCCGUCUGCUAUCAUUCCACUACAUAAUCAUCCGGGAAUGACUGUUUUCAGCAAGCUACUCUUUGGAUCCAUGCACAUCAAAUCGUUUGACUGGGCAACCGACUUGCCCCAUGCCACAAACCAGAAUCUCAACUCACACAUUCAGCCCCAUGGGAUUCGGUUGGCAAAGAUCAAGACUGAUUCGGAUUUCACUGCCCCAUGCAACACCUCCAUACUCUAUCCUGCUGAUGGAGGAAACAUGCACUGUUUCACAGCAUUAACAUCCUGUGCUGUACUAGAUGUGCUGGGUCCACCGUAUUCUGACUCUGAAGGCCGACCUUGCACAUAUUACCACGACUUCCCGUACGCCAGCUUUUCAGGUGACGAAAGAUUGGUGCCUGAGGAGGAGAGGGAGGGAUAUGCAUGGCUUGAAGAGAUAGAGAACCCAGAGAACCUUUUGGUUGUGGGAGCAAUGUAUAGAGGCCCAAGAAUUGUGGAGAAUUGAUUAUACAUCUUUUUUUCUUAAUCUUUAUAAUUUGCUCUUAGAAGUUGCCAAUCGUUGGUGCAAGUAUUUUCUCGGAUUCCCCGGGAAGUAAGGGCUCUGUUUAGAAGCAAGGGGUUCUCUUUCUCUCUUCUCUAUCUGUAGCUUAUGUACAUAAACAAAAAGAAGGAAAAAAAAAGGGUGCAAUUUGAUCUUUCUUGUCAUUAAUGUGAUCUGUUUUGUCAUCGUGUUUUUCUUUUUA